AUGCUACCAAGACCUUUGUAUUUCUCUCACCCGAGCAGCUAUUCAAGGCGACGAUCAAGAAAUCGCAGAAGCUCGCGUCGCCCGAAGCCCGAGUAUGAGCGAAACAUCGUUUCCGCGUUUUUCGCUCUCGCAUCUGCAGUGCUUCUUGCGAUUGCAGAGGCUGAACCGAAAUGGCUUCAUAUUGUCUCGGGGAAAUGCCAAGGAAAAUACAUGGGAUUGUACAAAGUCAUCGCUUAUAAACAUCCUGAAGACCUAAGUAAGUUUUGUUUUUUCUUGUUAAUUAGGGAUAAGAUAAGUUGACCGAGACGUGACGUCUUAGAAAACAGCAUCACUUCUGACAGCAGAUCAUUACGGGAGUUAUUAAUUUGCUUUAACUCAUUCCAAAAGCUUGCAACCCUCAUUUCUCUAUAAACUACAGUUUUUAGACUUUUUCUGUUUAUUUUUUACAUAUAUUCUAACAGCACUAAAGUACAGCAAACAGGAUUAAGAACGUAAAUUUAGUGUUCCCGGAAAUCCUAUGCUGUUUUUAAGUAUAUAAAUUGCACUAUGAUGUAAUUUGAGACUAGUUUCAAUUUGUUUGUUGCCCUGAUUUUUUGUUUUUGCCUCAUGUUCAGUAAUCACGUACAUGGACGAUUUCCGUUUCCAUGAGUAAAGCUAAUUUCUUCAUAACUGCGGUACAUGCAAAUAUCUUGAUAAUUUAUCAAUAUAGGUACGUAGUACAUGUACCUUCAUGCCUGAUCAGUAAGGUCUUUAUCCUAGGGGUCACUUGGCAACAAUGUGAUGCGGUAGUUAACAAUAAUUUUCUUCAGCAAAACUGUGGUCAAUAUCAGAUUGAUCGAUAUCAAGUGAGGAAGCUCUACUUUGAGCUGCUGAUAUUGUUUUAAUACACGUGAGUGUAAGCGAGUGAAAUAGCUGCCCACAAAAUUGUUGCUACUGAAGGCUUUUUGCCAAGAGGCCAAAAGCUAAGAAUUUAGCCCAGGAUUCCCUGCAUGUAGUUAAAGUCACUCUUAUGUUGCAUCAAGUCUCAUUGUUGCAAGAAAGUGUAUUUUCAGUGAUCAUUUCUUUAAGGGCCUGUUUGUAUGAGAUGAGCCAGCCUGCUAAGCCGAGCCUGCUCAUUAGGAGAGAAGGCAUGAUCCGAUCCAGCCUGGUAAAGUGAGCUAGCCUAGCUAAUAUAAAGCAGGUUGGCUCACCUCAUAUUAACAGGCCUAGGGAGGGAGGGAUGGGAAAAACCAAAGAACAAAAUGGCACCUAAACAGCAAGCUAUUGCAAAAACACUUUGCGAAGAACUGCAAGCAAGCAACUGCGUAUACAAGUCACGAGGUGCCCCUACUAGAAGCAUUAGACCACCCCCAGUAUAGCUGGGAAAACUGCUUACCAGCAUUGCUUUGAGGUUAACUUUGCCUAAAUUGCAUUUAGUCACAUCUAAUCUGUUACAUCUGUCUAAAUCAUCACCAUCUUCAGAAUCAUCAUACUUUUUUAUUGCCAUGUCAACAGCACUUUGCCUGACCACUGAGUCUUAUGUGACAUUACUCUCUCAAGUUGGGUUCUUUCAAUAAGCACCAAUUGCCAAUGAAAAGCAUUGUCUACUUCACUCAGAGAGGUCAUCUAAUUUUUCCCCAAAUAAUAUACAUGUAACUAUUGCAGUAAUGAAAGAAACAUUUCAAAAGUUUGAGUUUGAUCGUCCGGGUGAAGGUAGUCCUGAAUAGGACUGUUAUUGUUGACAGUGACUGACGUUUUGAUAACCUAUGCAGUAGUCAUCUUCAGAGUCAAAUUGAGUUGUAUCACGUCAGUUGAUGGUAAUAUACUCUGGUUCUUGAUCUGAUUGGUCAAUUAUGUCGCGAUGUUAUUGGUCGUCUGUCAGUUAAGCCGUGAUGUUAUUGGCUAUGAAGACUCGUAAUCAGUAAUUGGUGCGUUUCGAUCCGUCUAUUGUCACAGUUAAACAGUCGUCUAUUGAUAGUCAAAUUGUCAGUUCUCCAGUCGUUCUCUUGUUCUUUGAAUUUAAUUGACACCUCUUCAAACUUACCAAAGGUGGGCCUGGUAUGUUUUGAAAUUGUGUUGAGAUAGCUAAAGAGCUGUUUAGGCAUGGUAGUCUCUGUAGAAGAAUGUCAGGAAUGACCUGGUCUUUGGUCUUGAAACAUUGGCUUGCAAAACAAGCUCUCCACUAUGUCAUGAUCAUGAGCAUCUUAGGUGACUAGAUGAAGAAAUUAGCCUGAAUUUCAUCCGAUUACUUCAAGUCGUUAUUACUCCCUAAGUAACAUCUGAAUCGACCGGCCGUUAAUGCCAUCCAGUGACGUCACUACUCCUUUACUUUAAUUCAUGCAAAAAGUAAAACACAAUUUUCAAGUGGCAAACCAAGAAAUAUCUUUUGGAAAUGUCUACAUGAUACUGAACAGCUGACAGAAUUGCUUUACUCUUUUCGAUCAUAAUUCAUGUUUAACAUUCAAACUAUCAAGCACGGAGUACUCUGAACCAGUUGUAGUUCAAACUCGGUCGCAAUCACGCAAUAAAAUAAAUACACACAUGAAACACUUAGUUCAAAAACACAAUAAUUUCCUUUAAUUUAAAAGGAGCUGUUUAGUCCUUAACAAAUAAAAAAAACCAAGGAAACAAGAAAGAAAACCUAACAGAAUAUAAUCAUUACACUUGACAGUGAAAAUAGCAAGAAGGUCAAAUGACAACAUGACAUUGGUCUCAGAAACUCACAUAAACAAAAUCGCGGUGGAAACCACAAAGCGGCUCUAAAUGAAAAACUGACCGACUCUUCGCAACGAUUCUUCAUUCACAGUUUAAUUUAGCAGUUCAAUUUCAAAGACAAGGGCAGUUUUGCUGUGUAUGAUAAAGAUUAUCUAAAUAUUUGAACUCCAUGCAUGCAUGUAUACUCGUGUACGAGCAAGAAGAGAAAUAACAGCAUGUUUUUUUUGUAACGUCAAAUGAUUCUGGGCUUAUUUUGCUGCUCGGCAUGAUAGAGAUCAGCUGUAUCAUAAUCCAGCUCACAGAGAGUUAAGUGCAGUAUUUACAUGUUAACACUAAGUAGUCAAUCUUAUGACAUGACAUGUUUAUAUUACAUGUAUAUUCAAAGAGUUUCUUGUAAUGUGAAAUGUACUUUGUUUUCUGGCAGAACUGUAUUGCUUCACAACAGACAUUGUUCUUCUUUUGCGUGUGGUUGUGGCAGUGUGUUGUAUAGGGAUUGUUGCUAGCAUGUUUGCUUGUUUACUGGAUUUGUGUGGUACACUUAACAGAUGUCUCAAAGUUGUCAAGGAUUAUUCCUUUGGAAAUGUCAUCACUGGUAAGCUUGUUUUUGUGAACAUUUCCUUUAAAAAUGCUGUAUACAUUGACACAUGAGUGGUAUUACCUUUUCUCUGACUGUUAGCUGACUUGUGAGCAACAGUUGACUAAAAUUAUAGUCUGCACUCAGCCAAUGGUAAGCUGACAGAUGGCUGACAGUUUUGGGAGGGAGAUGUUCUUUAUUACAUUUACCAAUUUAUUAUUUCAUUACUCUGCGGUUAAGUUUUGACAAAAACUUGGACUUAAGUCUUAUGCUGCUUUAGACUGCAAAACAGUCUGUAUUUUUGCAUAUUCAAGUAUGCGCAAACACAUAAAAAGGAUUCAGACAAAUCUGCACUGUUAUGGUACCAUUUCUCCUGUCUUAGGAUUUUUCAAGCUUUUGCAUCACGUUGACUAUCAAGACACCAAAUAAUAUUGUGGUUUCUUUAUAUCUUUUCCCAAGGGCUCCCUUUUGGGGAAUAGCUUGGGUUGGGCAUACUCUGGGUUUGGGUUAGGGUUAGAAAAAUUUCCUCAGAAAAAAAAUUUCCCCAAAAAUUUGCUGUGAUGCUGCAGCAAGUAACUUGGUUUCCUGCAUGAGUGUCUGUUUUUGUGAGGCUGGUUUUCUAUUUAGGCUUGAUAAUAAGCGUCUUAAGCAGAGAUGUUUUUGAGCAGCGCAUGUCAGCCCGUACUGAAGCCUUUUCCCUUUUAAAAUGCCUUGGCACUACUGAAUUUUUAGUGGUUGGAGUCAUCCACUCUAAUUAUAUAGACGAUUUGCCCCCAAAUUAGGGAAAAACCACGGCCUAAGAAUACAAAAAAUCCACUUCCUGUUGACUUGCCUCACUCAACAAUGUCUGUGCUUAAGCUCCCUAAUGAUUAGUGUGUAAAGAGUGAAGAAUUACAUGGCUUUAUUAGUAAUACAUCUUGUUAAAGUUCCUACACUCCUUUUUUUUGCUGCAGUUGUCAUGUGUGUUGGCGCUACUCUUCUUGUUUAUUGGGUAACAAGAAUUCUGGAAGAAGUAUCAGAGAAAGAGACUGGAAUUAAAUCCAAGAUUAAAUUUGAUAUCAGCUUUUUUCUUGUGGUGGCAGCUGGAGCAUCAUCUGUAAUGGCUACUGGGUUUAGCUUACUCAUGCACUGUUUCUUACAUCGUGCAAGCAGGGAAAGAACUCGUUCUGACGAUGAGCUCUCACUAGAACUUAUGUAUUCCAUGUUACCUGCAGACAGCUUUUCUGACAUUCCUCCUCCUGCCUACUCACCUUGA